AUGCCCAGUGCAACUCAUAGCGAGAUUGUCAAUCUUCUAAAGUUACUGCCUAAAUACGAAUUUGCAUUUUAUUAUAAUCAUGGCUCUAGGAAAGGAGCAACAAGAAGACUAAUUGUAGCAGUUAAUGAUCUUAAUGAAUUUCAUAAAGAGAAUGUCAAGAAGAAUAAGACUCAUUACCCUUACACAGCAAGAAUUUUUAAAGAGAGACUGAUCAAUUUCUUUUGUAAAUAUGGGGCAAGGACUCACUUUAAUACAUUCAAACUUCAGAAUGAGAUCAACUUUAAAUACGGAAUUAUUAGAAAGCAAGACCUGCUGCAAGAUUUGAGAUCCUGGGAAACUUUACUUUGAAGUUCUUUCAUGAUGAGACCAAUUAAAAAGCUUAAGACAGACCAGGAUAUUGAAAUAGCUCAGAAUAAUAAUCUCAGAAGUACUACAGCUGUUGCUGCUAUCUUAACCCAAAAUGGUGAAAGCGAAGUUGAUUUUUACAAGAAAAUUGUGAGAAUUCCUCAUUACCAUUCUUUCAGUUGGUUCCAGCUAUUGGAAAAAGAAGAUUCAGAAAAACUUGUUCAGGAAAAUCUAGAAAAAUUCAGAAAGCUUUACCAUCCAAUUAUUGAAAAUAACUUCAAAAAUAGCUUUACCAUUUGAGAUGGCCAGUUUAAUAAGGAUGAGUCUAGCAGUGUGACAAGAUAUUUGCUUAGCAAUAUUAAUGAUAAUGUGCAUCAGAAUUUAGACUCUAUUUCUCCUCUCAAGUAUGAUGUUGAAAAGAAGUUCCAUAAGAAACACAUGACUCAAGAAGAACUUUAUGAAAAGAUUGAUGAUAGUGUGACUAAUCUUUCUCAUACAAAGCUUUCUUCAAAGAUAAACAGAUCUAUUGAUAAGAUUUUGCUUUCUCACAGAAAUAGUAAGAUCUUCCUUAUCCUGAUGAGUGGACCAUUUUUGGUUGGGUUCUAUAUCUUUAAAUAUGCACUGAAAAUUCUUAUUUUCUAUUUUCUUUUGAAGAAAAAGAAGCCAAAGGAAGGAGAUGAACAAGAAGAUCAAGAACCCUCUCAAGGUACAAAUACUACAGAUUCUGUUCCAGUAUAAUAAAGUUUAGAUA